AUGGGAGAAGCCCCAAGGCUUACAUUGAAGGAGUUGGGCACUCCGGGUGCAUACAAGUAUGAGAGCGGGAUCGCUCCAUUAUUAAUCCCGGAUAGCGAUUUUGAAAUCAAGACGGCAAUGAUAAAUUUGAUUGAAAGAAGAAAAUAUAGUGGAGGAACAAAUGAAAGCCCCCUCAAUCAUCUAAAGGAGUUCGAGAAAUAUUGCAACACAAUUAAGGAAUUUCUUUCCCGUUUCUUCCCUCAAAAGAAAACGGCGGAGACUAGAGCUUUGAUUCAAAGUUUCAAGCAAAGGACUAGUGAAAGCCUCUAUGAAGCAUGGGAGAGGUACAAGGAUUAUCAAAGAGAGUGUCCUCGCCAUGUAAUUUCAACUUACCAAAUUAUUCAAAUCUUUUAUGGUGGUUUGAGUCCUCAAGGGAGGUCUAGUCUUGAUGCCGGAGCCGGAGGCCCAAUCAUGAACAAGACGGUGGAAGAGGUUGUGAAUGUGAUAGAUGAUGUAGUGAGGAACUACAUGGAUUGGCAAGAAAUUGAGAUAGAGACGACAAGAGAAAAUGGCUCGAUUGAUCAACUCAACGCUAUCAACAAUUUUUCCACACUACUUUCGAACUUAGGGAAGGAGGUGGUUUCCAUCAAGGCUAAGCUUGAGAAUGCUUCUUCACAAGCACAAAUUCUCCCCUCCCAAUUUUUAGGGAGCGAUACAUCUUCUUACUCUAACCCUCUUUUUGCUUCUUGUUGCAUGAUUAUAAAAUGUUUAGUUUGUGAUUUAUGUGGAAAGAAUGAUCAUGAUGCUUCUAAUUUCCCUAAUGUUCCUAUUUAUGGAUGUGACGAAUAUGAUGGAAAUGAGAAUGAGCAUGUGAAUUAUGUUGAUAAUAAUGAUUUUGGACCUAGAUUCAAUGUUCAAAAGAAUGUUGAGAAUAGGAAUUAUCACAACCAUGAGAGCUAUGAUAGUUAUAACCAAAAUAGUGGUUAUAGGAACCAAGUAACACAAGGGUUUUGUGGUAACCAUCACAACUAUGGUUAUAAUGAUCAAAGUCACGCCCAAGUAUACGGGGAUCAUAACAAGGUUAUGAUCCAAGGGCAAGGUGAUAAUUCCUAUGAUCAACUCUCUCAUUCUAUGAGUAGGUUAGAGAAUGUCAUGGUAGAUAAAGCCAACAAAUUGAAUGAUUACAUAUCGUCUAGUAACAAAAUGUUUCAUGACAUGUUAACUCAUGGAAAGAUGCUUGAGACCCAAAUCUUUCAACUAGCCAACACCUCGAAAGAGAAUGCUACCCUUUCUUCUUUACCUUCACAAGGAAUUGAUCUUAAGGAACCGAGUCCAAUUGAGAAUGAGGGAGAUGAGAGCCCUUUGGAUGAGGAAGUUGCUAAGGAACAUGUUGAGAAAGUGAAAGAGAAAGAAAAAGAAGUCUACAAACCCAAAUUUCCUUACCCCCAAAAGUUCAAUAGGCACAAAUUGGAUGAACAAUUUGGAAAAUUCAUCGAGAUGCUUAAGGAAAUUCAUCUUUCUAUUCCUUUCACCGAAGUCUUGGAACAAAUGCUUAACUAUUAUAAGUUUCUUAAGGAAAUUUUGAGCGGCAAGAGAGAUUGCAAUGUUGUUGAGCAGGUGGGUUUGGGGGAGUGUUGUAGUGCCUUUAUCCAUGAUGACUUGCUCCCUAAGAUGAAAGAACCGGGGAAUUUCUCCAUCCCUUGCAAUAUUAAUGGUAAAUUAUUCCAAAAUGCCCUUUGUGAUCUUGGUGCUAGUGUUAGCAUCAUGCUUUAUUCUGUCUUCAAGAGACUUAAGAUAGGUGAGCUCCUUCCAUCCAACAUGACCCUUCAAUUGUCUGAUAGUUCUAUUAAGUUUCCAAAAGGUAGAGUUGAGGAUGUCCCCCUCAAGAUAGGAGAUUUCACUAUCCCCGUUGAUUUCAUUGUGCUAGAGAUUGCGGAAGAUGACCAUAUUCCUAUCAUUUUAGGGAGACCCUUUUUAGCUACUUCGGGAGCUUUGAUAGAUGUUAAGGGAGGUCGUAUUACUUUGGGAGUUGGUAAUAAUGAGGAAAGUUUUGAGUUAAAACCGAUGCAUGAGUCUUUGUCCAUUGUGAAAGGAAUCAUGUGUGUUAAUUCCCCUCGCUCUAUUGAUAAUGUUUUGUGA